AUGACAGUAAAUCCAGUUAUGCAUGCCAGAAUAAAACAUGUGGAAAUAGACUAUCACUUUGUCAGAGAAAAAGUAGCUAGAGGACAACUGCUCACUCAGUUUGUCAAGUCACAAUACUAUCUAGCUGACAUUCAUACCAAGGCCUUGUCAAAACAAGUGUUUACAGGCUUUAAAAGCAAGCGAGGAUUGAGUGAACCACCACUCACUAGCUUGAGGCAAAUUAGUUUCUGUUUAGGCAAAAAAGAAAAAAAAGAGCAGAACCGGUCUCUCAAAACUCACGACUAUCAUGAUGAGUUGCUCAUUCUCUUUAUUUCAUGUAUAGUUUUAGUGCUUGCAUUUUCUGCCAUCUCACCUGAAGCUGAAGCACGAGCCUUUUUCGUGUUUGGCGAUUCACUAGUCGAUAAUGGUAACAAUAACUACUUAGUUACAAGUGCCAGGGCAGAUUCUCCCCUUUAUGGCAUUGACUACCCUACUCACCGUGCCACUGGUCGCUUCUCCAAUGGCCUCAACAUGCCUGAUAUCAUAAGUGAGCAACUGGGCAUGGAGCCAACUUUGCCAUAUUUGGCUCCAGAGCUCACAGGAAAGAGGCUUCUUGUUGGGGCGAACUUCGCUUCAGCCGGAGUUGGAAUCCUUAAUGACAAGGGCAUCCAGUUUUUUAAUAUAAUCAGAAUUGGGAAACAAUUGGAGUGCUUUGAACAAUAUCAAAGAAGGGUAAGUGGCCUAAUUGGAGCAGAACAAACAAAGCAGCUAGUGAACAACGCCCUUGUCCUCAUCACCCUUGUUGGCAAUGACUUUGUUAAUAACUACUAUUUGGUCCUAUUCUCCUCAAGAUCUCGCCAAUUUGCUCUCCCAGAUUAUGCUCGUUAUCUCAUCUCCGAUUACAGAAAGACUGAAAUAAAGCUUCAUGAUUUGGGAGCAAGAAGAGUGUUAGUGACAGGUACUGGACCAAUUGGGUGCGUGCCAGCAGAAUUAGCGCAGAGAAGCCAAACUGGAGAAUGUUCAGCGGAAUUGUAG